AUGCAUCUCAGGCUUGACUUGGCCAGAACCUGCUGCCAGUGUGAAGGAGGUCGGGGGCUCUACAAGUCAAAGAUCCCUCGGGCCCAUAACCAGGUCAGCGUCAAGGUUGCUCCCAAGGACACUGAGAUGAAAACAGCAGAAGAGCCAACUCCAAAUCUUGGGCAGACCCUGGCGUGGCUGAGAAAGGAGCUGUCUGAGAUGCAGAUCCAAGACCAGAGGCUCCUGCUCACACUGAGGCAUCUUCACAGCGUCCUGCAGGAGCUGCGCGCUGACAAUGCCCACUGGGAGGAUGCCAGGUCCAGCGGAGGGACCUCCCCCAUCAGGGCUCGAGCGGGCUCUGAAGGCAGGGGCUGCCGGCACGUUUCCUCAAGGGGGCUGGCCCAGCUCCUCCAAGGGGAAGAUAGCAGACGAAGCUCCCUCCCUUAACUGGCCACAGGUGACCCUGGGCUCAAACCCUCUUACCACUAGUCUAACCUUUGUGAUGUUUUCGGGGGAGAGCACCAGGAAGCCAGAGCUCUGGGUUCACCUCUGCCCUCAUCUGCUGUGUGUCCCUGGAUCCAUCACUCAGCUUCUCUGUGUCGCUGGUUCCUUUUCUGUCCUUCAGGGUUUCUUUGUGAGGCACAAAUUGGAUGUGAACACACUUUGAAAACACAAACGUGUUAUGUGGCUCUGGCAAGCACCAUGGCAGCAAUCCUAAUCUUGGGAAAUUCUUAAAAGGUGAUUGUUAAAACAAAGAAAGAGCUAAAUGUGCAGUAAUGGUUACCAGGUGUUGCCAUGGUGAAAAAUUGAGACCCUGUGUAGUGACUUUGUGGCUGUUCUCUUGUCUUCCCAGCAAGCCUCCCCCUUCCCCUUAUCUGAUAACAACAGGAUCUAUUGCCACGCUGGCCAUGGGAGUGGGUAUAUUACCAGGCCUGGCCAAUUAUAUAACCUGUGGUUGCCCCAAAAGCAUGAUUGGCCCAGUGGGGAGGCAUGUGACUCAACAGAGCCAAUCACAGUCCUUCCCUGUGAUUGCUAUCUGGACACUCUUUCUAUUACAGUUAUAAAGCUGAGGCUGCCAUCAGCCAUGUUUCCUGCCAAGUGAAGAAGACCUGUCUGCAGUAGCAAGGAAAGAGGCUAAUAUUCGCACAGAAGUAGAGAGAGGGCCACACAAGAGAUGGACAGAGAGGAAGAGCGCCAGCUUUUUUAAGUCUGUGAUUUUAGGCUCUAGUUUUGCUAGUUACCCCUGUGUUCUUUGCAGCAACUGAAGCCAGUAAAUUCUACAACCACCACCCACAGCCACACGCACCAAUUUGUUUUGUUUAAGCUGAUUUGAGUAGGGUUUCCCUCAUUUGCAACCAAAAUGGUCAUGAGGAAUACAAUCCAGAUGUUCAAAGAAUCAAAGAAGAGGAAAUCAUUAAGAAAAUGGCAUUUCAUUCAUUCAGGGUUUGUGACAACAAACCUUUGUUGCCUGUCAGUAACAGCAGGCAGGAAGGCUCAGGAGGCAGCAGAGACUCUCAAUGGUAACAGGGUGCUGCAGACAUGACUGAAAAAUUACAUCUGCCCAUAAAAAAACUAAAGAAAGGUGAAAAUAAAAAAGUGGUGGUGUUUAGAUGGUCCAGUUAUUGGUAGGCCUUGUUUGUUUUUGAAAAUCUACCUGCAUAUUGUUAGAAUAGUGGCUCGUGCCUGUAAUCCUAGCACUUUCAGAGGCUGAGGCAGGAUGAUUGCUUGAG